AUGGAUGAAGUUGGUGACGUGGAUAUCAAGCACGAGCGGUCCAAUCUGUACGGCCACCCACCGCCAAACCACAUCCACCGUAUGCCGCCAGCCGAGACCCCUACGUCGUACAGUUAUCCUCCUCCACCAGGCGCAGGUAUGCCACCGCCAGGCCAGGCGUGGAACCCGACGCCCUCACCCUACAAUGACUCUGCAGAACAUCGUCCGCCGCCACCGGACAUGGCUCACCCUUCACCAUAUCCACCACCACCUCCUCCUCAAUCAUAUCCUCCGUCACUUCCGCCCCCAGGUCGCGAACCUCCAGGUUAUCCUCCGGAUCCAGGCUACGGACGUCCAGGAAGCGUGUCUGGCCCUACUAGGUCGCCGGCGGAAGUUCAACAACCUCCAUACCAUCCUGUGAGUACUAACCCCCACGAACCUUCGUACUAUCCCCCUGCGGACUACAGGCCGCGUCAUGAAUAUCCAGGCCCACCGCCCCAACCCAACGGUACUCAUCAUCAGCCCCCUCUGCAUGUCAUGACCGGCGGCCAUGAGAUGAUGCCCGGACAGCCCCCAGGACCGCCCAACUAUGGCCCUCCUUCGGCAGGGCCACCUCCAUCUGCUGGUGGCUACCCGUACGUGUAUUCUGCGCCAUACAACGACCAGCAGAGACGGAAAGCGGUGCGAGCUGCACAAGCAUGUGACUCGUGUCGACAACGCAAAGCGAAAUGUGAUGAGGGAAGACCCGAAUGUCAACAUUGCAAGGAUAACGGGCUGAAAUGCUCUUACCGAGAGAUUCCUCCGCAGAAAUCGGAGAAACAGGUCCUUCAGAUCACCACGCAGUUGGAUUCCCUGGCCGAGGACGUGAAGGUGUUGGCGCAAAAGUCGGAGGAACGGGAGGACAAGAUCGACCAGUUCUUAAUCCAGCAGAAUGACAAGAUGAACAUGUUGCUGGAGCAUUUCAUGCAGAGCCGGCAGACGCCUGCUGCCACCAUGGAUGUUGCCAUGACCGACCCACCAAGCCAUACCCCGAUGCGCAACCAGGAGCGACCAAGUCCCGCUCAGCCCCCACCGCCACCGUUUGGCUUCCGGCGACAGGAUAGUUCAGAGGUCAGAUUUGGCUCGCAGGCGCAAAAUCCUUCCGCCGCAUCCAUCCAGCACAUGCGGAACACUGAGACGGAGAGCCUCGAAGAUACGCCUAUGCCUGCAAAGCACACUACCGCCGCGCAGAAUCUUGUCUUGUGGCCGUCAAUCAAGGCCUUGAUUCCGAAGGGAAUCACUCCGUCCUACGUUAUGGACGAGGAAACCUCAAGAGGGCUCCUUCGAUUAUAUGGCUGUGGCGAGGGCGAAGACAAGGGUGACGGUCAUGAAGGCGCGCCCAGCCCUGCUCACAGCAGUUCUUCCGAAGGUCGACGGAUGGAGGAAGAAUCUGCAUCACCGCAUGGCGUUUGGGGCAGUGGACAACUGCACGUGCCGUUAUCCAAUCAAAACCAAACUGCGCGGGAGCAUCCUGGUGGCCUCAGUCCUGGCGGUGGACUAAUGUUGGAUUCGGAUGCAGUCGACAAAUAUUUCCGCAGCUUCAUGGACAACAUGCACAUCUUACACCCUUUCCUUGAGCCGAAAGUGUUGCGCGGCAUGGUCCAUGCAUUCAAAAAGAAGUACAGCUGGGACUACCGGGCGACCCAACAGGUUGCAGCCAUUGGCAACAAGCGCAAGCGAGAGACGACCGACUCGCCCAAGUCGAUAGAUGACUAUAAUCGUCAACCCACCAAAGUCUUUAACGCCAGUCAGGUCCCCUCAAUUGAACAUUCAAUCAAAAAUGCUAUUGUCUUGCUGGUCGUGGCGCUGGGCAAAGUCUGUGCUCACCGGGAACCCUUGCCUGGCCCAGCGUCGACAGCCGCCAUGCGCACUUCGACGCCACACAGUGCGCUGUACUCGGAUCUGCCCCUCCCAGCGUCCGCUCCCACGUCGCCAUACAACAACCAGGCCACCCUAAAUGGCACAGUGUCAAGCCCAGCGAAUCCGCAAGGCAAGAAUAUGGACAUAAUUCCGGGCCUUGCAUACUUCGCCAAGGCUGCCGACAUCUUGGGAGAACUGCCUGGUGGUGCCGAUGUGUCGCACAUUCAAGCUUAUCUGCUUGCGGGCCUGUAUAUGGGUCAGCUAGCACGCAUCAUUCCGAGCUAUUUCUACAUCAACAAAGCUUGCAUUGCAGCUCAGAUUCUGAUUGAGUCAACACCCUAUGUGACCAAUACCAUGAAGCCGGCCCGGCGGAAUCUGAUCAACUUCGCGUUCUGGUCGUGCUUGCAGCUGGAAAGUGAUAUUGCGGCCGAGCUGGAAUUGCCUCUUAGUGGAAUCGGUCGAUAUGAGAGUCCUCAGCACAAGGAGUUUCCGACCAAGAUCACCUUGGAUGCCAUACCCGAGUCUAGCGCCGACGAUGACAUCCUCAGAUUCUACUCGUACCAGAUCCAGCUCCGGACCACAAUGAACAGUGUACACGCCACACUCUACCGGGAAUCGAAGAACCUGCAGACGCGUCCGAGUGACAGCAUCAUGUCUGCGCUGGACGACAACUUGGAAAACUGGAGAAAGAUGCUGAAUGACUGGGACUGGGACGACAACGACCACGAACACCCAAACAUUAACGUGGCCCGGAUGCGAGGGAAAUACUACGGAGCCAAGUACAUCAUUUGGAGGCCGACUCUGCGCUUUGCUCUAUCACAAGCGACCCACGGCCCGAGACUGAAGCGGCCGUCGGAAUCGCCUGCGGGAUAUGGCCAGGGGUCCGAAGUCACAUCACCCUCGGUCUCGAAUCUCAACUCUUCUCAGCCAGGUGCAAAGGAUUACCCAUUCAUUCGCCCGGAGCUCCUCGAGGGCUCGAGAAAGUGCAUCGAAGCGGCAAUUCGCAGCACCACAUCCUUUGACAAAGUGCCCCGCCGUCUGGUCGUGACCAACAUCUUUGGCACGACACACGCGCAAUUCGGAAACAUGCUCGUCCUGUAUGCGACCUUUACCUCGCCUCAUCCGGGCCUCAGUUCCCUCGUGCAAGAGGACGUGCUGCGACGACUGCACGAUCGCACGGUCCGGAUCUUACGCGAGAGCGAAGCCAUUUCGCCGGUCCUGGCCAAGGAUCUCAAGAUCCUGGAGCAUGUGCGGAGGCAGGUGUUUCCCCCCUCGAACUACCCUCCGGGUAGCACUGCCUCGAGCUUCUCGAAUCGGUGA